AUGGCAGAGUCGAAAAAAAGAAUGAACUUCACCAAAGUUGAACUGACAUUGAUCAAGUCUCUAGUUGUGAGCCGACCCAUAAUCGAGAAAAAAUUACAUGAUCAAAAAACUGAGAACUUGAGAAAAAUAGCGUGGGAAGAGAUUCUAAUAGAGUUCAAUGCUGCGGGACUAAAUUGUAAAAGGAACGUUGAACAGUUGAAAGGAGCAUGGAAAAGAAUCAAGAAUGACUACAAAUCCCAAAAAUCGGAGGAAAGGAGGAGUAGAUUCCGCACUGGAGGGGGGCCCCCAUCACCACCGAAAGUUGAGGAUCCCGAAAUGGAAGAGUUGUUCAAAGACCAAGUACCAAUUGAAAAUAUUCCGGACGACGAUGACGACUUCAAUGACUAUAAUAGCGAACAUGAUGAAACUGAGGUACUGGAGGGUACGAGGUCAGCAAGCCCAAAGCCUGACACGCCGAUAGCGGGCACCUCCACAGCACCUGAUUCCCGUGCAACCACUCCGGCAUCUGCAACUGGAUCCGCUCAACCAUGCAUCGAACGUGUCUCAUCCAAUGCAGACAAGUUCCACAAGAAGAAAAUGGAGUACCUUGAAGAGGAACAUAAACUUAGAUUGACUGUCAUCAAUGAAGAACAUAGGGCUAAAAUGGAAGCCAUUGAGAAGGAGAAAAAAUAUUGGACUUUGAUGGAGGCCAAUGCCCAGAAACAAAUAUCUUUUCAAAGGGAAAACUCUCACAGCUCCAUUGAGCAAAAAACGUUUGUGUUACUAAGUGGAAGCAUUGAACAUAAUUGAAUGCCCGGUUAUCAAGGGCAAAAACUUUUGUUUGAUAAAUUUAUUGGUAAUUAUUUCACUCAAGAUUACUUUCAUAUUCUUUUCUCCAUUUGUCAUUAUCAUUAUCACUUAUUUAUCAUUUCAUAAUAUCCAAUAAAAUAGAUUCAUACUUGAACAGCCCAACCAACUUAUUAAAAACAUAUCACUCAUGAAGUUAUGACAAU